AUGGAAUCACAAAGUCGAAUACCUCCAUUGUCUAUGGAAAUGAUCACUGCUAGUAUUUUGGAACAUUCAUUACGGUGUGAAGAUCUGUCUAAAGCGCCAACCUAUGAAGAUUUAUUAUCUACCAGUGCCGAGCUCCAAACCAGGGGACAUUUAUGCCGCGUUAUGCUACGGUUAGUACAAGAACAGCAAUCCAAUCAGCAAAGUAACCAACCAAAUAUUCGAUCUCCUUCUUUGGUGUCAUUUGAUAUUGAAGAAACAAAGAAAGUUUCGCCCAGAAAACGGUCUCGAGAAGACAAUUCGUUUUCCGCAGGGUCCGGCGUACACAAUUCAAAAACUGGCUUCUCAAACUCACGUCACGUUAUGUACAUUGGUCAAAAAGAUGACAAAGAACAAAUAGAUGCCUUGACGUUUAGGCGUAAGGUUCGUCGUACUACAAAUAUUCAAUCGACCAGUGUCAUAGUUCAUCAUCGAGAACAAAUAAGUGCUUUGAGAACUGAAAACGCAAAGUUAUUAAACUACAAGCAACACAUACAAAGUGAUAAAAAAGGUUUGUUUAUUGGUAUUUCACUAUUUUCUUAUACUACAAAGAAUUCAUAAGAUACAUAGGGGAUGUUUCUUGUCGAAAAUUUUUAAAAUUUUAAAAUAAACUUCAUUGCUAUUACGUCUUUACGUAAGUAGUAACAUAAUUAGUUUAUAAAACCAUGGGUUUUCAAACUAACUAAGUGCAUUUUGACAUUCUUUAAAUAACUUAUUUAUGAAUUUGGCAAAAACCACUCACUCUUUGGUUAUUAUUGUUUGCUACCUAACCUCCAUGUCUUUGUUCGCUUACGAAAACAAAAAUUAAGGUCGCCGAAGUAACCACUGGUCAGAUUAUUUAUUAGUGUUGAUUUAAAAAAACGUUGGCUAUGCUCAGCGUUGCAGGUAUAAAAGCGCGAGUCAGUUUUAAGAAUGGUAGGUUCGUACGACAUUUUAAUUAUCUUAUAAAUAAGAAAAAUUACGUGUCUCGCGAAAAGAUCACUUAUCAAUAUUGCUAGCAGCAGUAGGUUUCGUGUUUGAAAUUAAUACACUAAUAUUUUGCUAUAUAAUAGUGCAAUAAUUUUGUGUUGAAAAUUUUAAACUUUUGAUUAAUAAAAUUAUUUAAUAACACAAUGAUUUAUAACUUUUAAGAAUAACCUAUAUAUAUAUUUAGCUGAAAACUGCCGUCCAUUCUCCCCGUCAAAUGAAUUAAACUCGUCUUCUUAUCACGCAACACCUGAUUUGCUAAGUUGUCGCAGCGAUGAGGAGGACUUGCAAAAACAAGAUCUUCAAAUACCUUUGUGCCAAAAUUGGCGACGACGACAUUUUCAAUCUCAAAGUGCUACAACUUCUCCUUUACGUCUUUCAGCAAGCCAAAAAUUGCGACAAAGGAUUGUAAACAGCGCAACGGUGCAGUCAGUAAGUUUGAAAAUAAUUGUAAAGAUUUACAAGGUUGGUGCUGGAUCUGUCCCCCUCUUAUUGAGUUCAAACGUUUUAUAUAGAACGACCAUGUAAAUAUAAAACCCUCGGAUUAAAAAUUAAUUCUGAAUUUACCGCCAAACAUUGCGUUUCAAGCAUAUAACUGUCAUUUUUUUACUUUUAAACAUUUUUUAAUAUACCGUUGUCUGCCUAUGUAGUGAACCAUCAUGCACCAAAAAUCACUUUGUAAAGACAAAACCCUAUAUAGAAAGCAUAAAAUGUCGAUUCUUUCGUGUUGCUUAUUAUAAAGAGAUAUUACUAUAGUAGUAGAAAACCUUUAGGUGAACCUAAAGUUUUAAUUAAAAAUUUUUAUCUGUUCUAUUAGCGGUGGAAAUAAUUUAUAUAAACACUUUGAGCUUGUUCUGAGUGGGGCAUGUGAGGUACUUUCCUGAUUACAAUGCAGAAAAAUAUUAUACAAAAUGAAUACAUUUUUAAAACUAUUUUCUUGUAUUGCUAUGCAUUUCUUUUCAACGUUCAUAAAAUUUUAAUGAAGUUUAAAAAAGAUAAAAAACGUAAAAUAGUACGAACAAAAAAAAUAUUUUUUGUGUCUUAUUGAAACAAGUGCUGAACUUAUAAAACAAUUUUUGCUCACCAACACUUUUGUAUAAAGUAUAUGUAACUAAUACUAUUAUUUUUGAGGUUUUGCACGAAAUUACGGUUGAAACAACUAAAAAGUUUAAAAGCUAGCGUUGAAAUAUAAUUAUUAAAUGAAAUAACGUUUUUCUCAUUUAAUGAAAAUUACUAUCUUUAAUUUUAUAUUAACUGGGGAGGGGGAGGGGGGGGGGAGGGAGGUGAGGUAGAAACCGGUUUUAAUUCUUAAUAAUAUUAUUGUCGACGCGUCGUAUCUAAAGGAUAUUGCCAAAAAAAGUCUGUAAUCUCUGUUACCCAAAAAGAGGAAAAUAAGUUUGGCUGUUUGUUAUAAAGUAUGUUAACUUUGUACUCAGCAAUAACCAAAGUCUUUUAAAGCCAGUUUAUUUAUAGGCGGUUUUCUAUAUGUAAAUUCGGCCGUUGAUUGUAAAUUAAGAUUUCAUUUUAAAUAAGGCAAAUAUUGUUUAGAUGACCAGUAAAAAUAAUUCUAAGCAUUUUUAUUUUUGAAAGCCUUAAAAUUGAUGUUUCGGAGACAGCGUGCUUAUUUUUUUAUCAGUAAGGUCAUAUGGUUUUCCUUAUAGCUUUUUUAAAUUUGAAUGGCGAUAAUUUCAGAAAUAUUAAAAAUGUUCAAUAAUAAGUGAUUGCUAGAGGGGGUGAACGGGGUAGAAUCUAGUAAAAUCCACUACAUUCAGCAAGAAAGAUGACAAAAAAGUAGGAAAAGUAUCACCAUUGGAAAUUUUUAGCUUAAAAGUUAUUAUUUUUCGAAUUUAUUUUUAAUUUUUUCAAAUGGUUUUUUAGAAAGAAACUUUACCAAUUUGAAGGUCAAGUUUUACCUUUUUUUCCUUUAAAAAUCUAAAAUUUCCAAAGAUUUAUUUAUUCAAAUUUGACCACAGGUCCUGUGGUGCCGACCUCCCCGUUUCCCAGAAAAACCGUAGCGACGUUCCUGACAUCUCUUUUUUGAUUUUUAAAACGAAUAGGUAUUGUUAAUGCGCCUAAACGGUAUAUUAAUAAAGCAAUUUAUUUAAAAAAUAAGUUUAAAAAGAUUGUUCACUUAUCGAUUAAUGAAAAAUAAAUGUAUUUUUGGGUUCGCGAUACUUUUUCUUAUCAAACAAUUUAAUAAUAAUUGACGUGUGUGAGAGCUGCUUGAGUGAGGAGCAUCCUUACACAAACUGAGGAUUUUAACGUAAAAAAUUUUAAAUCGCGGGUAGUUUGCACGGUCUUAAUGAACAAUUUUGCAUUAAUUGUUUUUAUUAUUGGAUAAUUAAUACUUUAAGUCGCUUUACAUUGACGUACUUUAACGUAAUUUGUAAAUCACAAUUAAAAACGCGUUUGUUUUUUUAAUAUUGAGAGAUUUGUAGGAAUGGCACGAAAAAUAGAAGGCAAAGAAAUAACUGGUUUUUACAACGGGUCAAUUAACUCAAACUCUGUAUUAAGGUGUGAAGAUGAAAACUCAUAUAACAAAUUGAACUUUUCUCUUGAUGAUAAUAAUAUACCGUUUUUGACGAAAUGGCUAAAGGAGAUGUGUGUUCAUCUAGCGUAUAUGCUUAUUGUUUGGCCAGUUACAUGCUUUGUAUGUUGAGGGCUAUUUAGAAAUACUCAUAAAAAUUUAUAAAAGUUUUCGGUUGUAAAUAUCCAAAUAUUCAAGUAAGCGUUGCUUACAAAGAAAGUAUCCAACCUGCAACGCUCAUCUUUCGUUCAAUUUUUUUAUUAAAAAAUCUUGUAAAUGUAAGGUCAUAUGCAAAAUUUUAAGUUGCGGUUUGCAGCCAGACUUGAGAAAAUCGAUAUCUAGAAAUCGAUUUUUGAAUUUUCCGCCAAAUUGGCAUAAUUUUUCAAGCUUUUAACUUCCUCAUUUUUUGAGUUUUAACUAUUUUUCUUUAAUAUAAUAAUAGAUGAUAGAAAGCUUCAAAUGAACCUGCAUUUUUAAAUUUGUCUAUCUUACCUGGAAAAUAAAAAAAGUGCUUGCAACACAAUGCCAAACUGGCAGAAAAUUAAAAUAUAUCAAUUUUUUAACUUAAAAAAGGCGCAAGCUAAGAUUUUUAAUAAGUGUUACUGGUACUACAACGAAUACGUAUAAAAAUUUUGAGCUAAUUCUGAGAGUUGCAGUUUGAGUACUUUCCUUGUUAGUAUAGAAAAACAAUGUGAUAUAUUAUUAUCUUGGGUUUUAUAAAGUUUAAAUUAAAAUAACGUAUGAAAAUGUAAAGAGAAAUUAUUUUUUACUAUUUUUUCAACUAGUUAUUUAAACAUAAAAAAAUUCACCUAAUUACAGUCAAAGAUAAUUUUAGUUUCAACGAGGUUUAGUUGAAUUCGCCCCAACUCACGCUCAUCGACUACGAGCUCGUAUAACGUCAAAAGAUACACAAAACGAGAUAGACUUAGUCGGACAGUACCAACGUUUUCAAAACUCUUCUUUGCGGCUAGAGUAUCGCAAAAAUUUUACGUCCUCAACUAUACAAAAAAACGAUGGCCGAAUUUCACCAGCUCACCCAGAUUAUCACGUUGACGCCUUUCUCGAUGAUAAUGCCCGUCCGAAGAAAUUUGACAUUUUGUUUACACAAGCCGCUCCUACAAGAACUGUUCAAGAAGAAAAUGCUUGGGAUUCUACUUCGAACGGCAAAAGUGUUAACAUAUACGUUAGAGAAGACGACAAAUUAACGUUACACAGACAUCCCGUAGCUCAAUCAACGGACUGCAUUCGCGGUAAAAAAGGUUACAAUAGAGGGUUUCACGUUUGGCAAAUCACAUGGCCUGUAAGACAACGAGGAACCCAUGCUGUUAUUGGAGUGUGCAAUAAGAAUUGUCGGAUGCAGAUUGCAGGAUACCAUUCACUAAUCGGCAAUGACGAAAAUAGUUUUGGUUGGGAUAUAAGUGAGUUGUAAAAAUUUCUCGAAGAUUUGAAAUUUUUAAAGUUAUAAAUUUAAAACUGAAAUUUCAGUACGGAAUCAAGGGCUCCAUAUGGCAAAAUCAAAGGCGCAUUGGACAUACCCGGACCCUUCAAUAGUCGAUAAUCACUUUCAAGCUCCCGAAAGCGUUUUCUGUAUUUUAGACAUGGAUGAAGGUUACAUGGCGUUUUCAACAGCUGAAAAGUAUCUUGGCGUAGCUUUUAGAAAUUUAAAAGGACAGACGUUGUAUCCAGUUGUGUGUGCUGUGUGGGGUCACUGCGAAAUAACAAUGAAAUAUAUGGGUUCACUUGCGCGUAAGUUGUUAAUUUUAAUAAGAUAUAUUAGCUUAAAUAAACAUAACAUUUUGAAUAAGUAAUUAAAAUUUUGUUUUUAGCACGGCCACGCAGUUUAAUGGAAAUCUGCCGGCGCACAAUACGAAUGGAAGUCGGCCCGGAACAUCUUGAACGUGUGGACGAGUUCACGAUUCCAAAAAGUUUAAGGAACUACGUAUUAUUUCGUUCGUCGGUGUAA